AGUCAGAGGGAGAGUCGCUCUUCUCUCCGUCUUCUCACUGGUGCUACUUCUGAUUGAUCAGCUGAUCGAACAGCUGGUUGAUCAGCUGAUUGAUCGGAUCUGAUCAGGACUCUCUGGUAGUUUCUACUCUGACUUUAUUUGACUUUUGAAAAGCAGGAAUAAUUAAAUCUCAGAAACUUUCCUGGGACGUGUCGGGAUCUUCUCUCGGACCCAGCGGGGCCGGGAUGGACCGGAGCCGCUGAGGAACCGGGACUCGAUCACAUCCACUGAGUGACAUGUGAGAGGAGUCGAAGGGAGCGGAGGUACGAACCGGCCACUUCAUUAGCUCUGGGCUAAUUUAUUCAGCUGUAGUGGAAGGAUGGCCCGUUUGAGGGGGGGCGCUGCUCUGCUGCUGGUUCUCCUGGUCCUGUUGGACCUGCAGCCGGUAGGCGGACGAUCGGCUCGACAUCGCAGCCUGAGACGCCAGCGCCGAAGACGCCACGACCACCGACCGCUCCAGAACGCCACCCUGGCUGUGAUCCUACCAGAGACCAACACCGACUACCCGUGGGCGUGGCCUCGGAUCGGGCCCGCCGUGGAGCGGGCGAUCAGAACCAUCAACGCCGACCCGGCCCUGCUGCCCAACCACCACCUCACCUACGUCUUCAAGAACAGCGAGAACAAGGACGGGAUCUGCUCAGAGUCCGUGGCCCCCCUCAUGGCCGUGGACCUGAAACUGGCCUACGACCCCUGGGCCUUCAUCGGACCGGGCUGCUCCUACACCUCCUCCCCCGUCGGCCUCUUCACCACCCACUGGAAGGUUCCCAUGGUGACGGCGGGCGCCCCGGCCGUGGCGUUCUAUGGCGGCGUCUACCCGUACAUCACCAACACCGGCCCCACCCACAAGAAGCUGGGGAGGUUCGCCCUGAGGAUCUGCGAGCACUUCGGGUGGAGGGAGCACGUGAUGCUGAUGUUCAACGACAACAAGGUGGACGACCGUCCGUGCUACUUCGCCGUGGAGGGUCUGUACACGGAGCUGAAGAGCAUCAACAUCAGUCUGGCCGACAGAGUCUUUGAGGAGGAAAAACAUUCCAUCAACUACUCGCAGAUCCUCUCAGACAUCCAGAACGGAGGCCGAGUCACAUUUGUCUGCUGCUCUCCUGACGUCUUCAGGAAGUUGAUGGUUCAUUUCCGGCGGGCAGAUCUUCCCCAUGAGCAGUUUGUCUUCUUCUACAUCGACAUCUUCGCAGAGAGCCUCAACUCCACAAACCGGCAGCCGUGGGCCCGUGGGGACAAGGACGACGCCGUUGCCAAGGACGCCUUCCAGAGCGUGAAGAUCCUGACGUACAGAGAACCUCAGAACUCUGAGUACAAGGAGUUUGUUAAGAACCUGAAGACUGACGCCAAGACGAUGUUCAACUACACCAUCCAGGACUCUCUGAUGAACAUCAUCGCUGGAGGCUUCUACGACGGCGUGAUGCUCUACACCCACGCCCUCAACGAGACCAUGGCCGAGUUCGGAGGUGUUCAACCCCCGGCAAUAGAAGUCACCAAGAGGAUGUGGAAUCGAACCUUCCACGGUGUGACGGGAGUGGUCCACCUGGACGAGAACGGAGACAGAGAGACGGACUUUGCUCUGUGGGACAUGAUGGACACCAACAGCAGCGUCUUCCAGAUCGUCCUGGUCUACAACAGCUCGGAGGAGCAGCUGACGACGAUACCUGGAACAUCUGUGCGCUGGGUGGGCGGAGUCUGUCCUCCAGAUGUUCCUAAAUGUGGCUUCAAGAACGACAACCCGGUCUGCAUGGCGAAGACCGUCACUAUCCACCAGAUGGUCUCCAUCGUGGUCUUCUUCAUCUUCAUCAUGAUUCUGACCGUCACUGUGUUCGUGUACAGGAGGAUGAAGCUGGAGAAGGAGCUGGUGGCUCAGCUCUGGAGGAUUUCCUGGAUCGACAUCCAGAUGGGUAACAUGGGGAAGGUGCUGCGCAGCGGCAGCAGGAUCACACUGUCACUGAGAGGCUCUACCUGUGGAUCUCUGCUGACUGGAGAUGGAAACCUUCAGGUAUUUGCUAAGACCGGAUACUAUAAGGGGAACAUCGUGGCCAUUAAAUACAGCAACCGGAAACGCAUCGAGCUGAACAGGAAGGUUCUGUUUGAACUGAAGCAUAUGAGAGACGUUCAGAACGAACAUCUGACCAGGUUCAUCGGAGCGAGCGUCGACCCGCCCAACAUCUGCAUCAUCACUGAGUACUGUCCCCGAGGAAGUCUGCAGGACAUUCUGGAGAAUGACAGCAUCACUCUGGACUGGAUGUUCAAGUAUUCCCUCAUCAAUGACAUAGUUAAGGGCAUGGUCUUCCUUCACAACAGCGUCAUCUUCUCUCAUGGUAAACUGAAGUCGUCGAACUGCGUCGUGGACAACCGCUUCGUCCUGAAGAUCACCGACUACGGUUUGUCCAGCUUCCAGGCGGAGAGCGAAUCAGGGAGCGACGCCCACGCCUACUACGCCCAGAGGUUGUGGAUGGCCCCGGAGCUGCUCAGGAUGGAGAGUCCUCCUCCUCAGGGGACCCAGAGAGGGGACGUCUACAGCUUUGGAAUCAUCCUCCAGGAGGUGGCGCUGCGACGAGGAGUCUUCCACCUGGACGGAGACCCACUCAGCCCCAAAGAGAUCGUGGACCGGGUGACUCUGGGCGAGUGGCCCUGUCUGAGGCCGACCAUUGAUCCACAGAGCCACAGCCCUGAGCUGGGUCAGCUGAUGCAGCGCUGCUGGGCCGAGGAGCCGACCGAGAGGCCCGAGUUCAACCACAUCCGGGUGCUGCUGCGCAAACAGAACAAGGAGUCGAGAACCAACAUCCUGGACAACCUGCUGUCCCGCAUGGAGCAAUACGCCAACAACCUGGAGGAGCUGGUGGAGGAACGGACUCAGGCUUAUCACGAGGAGAAACGCAAGGCGGAGGCCCUGCUCUACCAGAUACUACCCCACUCGGUGGCGGAGCAGCUGAAGCGAGGAGAGACGGUUCAGGCCGAAGCCUUCGACUCAGUCACCAUCUACUUCAGCGACAUCGUGGGCUUCACCGCCAUCUCUGCAGAGAGUACACCCAUGGAGGUGGUGACUCUGCUCAACGACCUCUACACCUGUUUCGACGCCAUCAUCGACAACUUUGAUGUUUACAAGGUGGAGACCAUCGGCGAUGCCUACAUGGUGGUGUCGGGGCUGCCGGUGAGGAACGGGAAGCUGCACGGCAGAGAGAUCGGACGCAUGGCCCUGGCUCUGCUGGACGCCGUCCGGACGUUCAAGAUCCGCCACCGACCGGAGCAGCAGCUGAAACUGAGGAUAGGGAUUCACAGCGGUCCGGUUUGUGCUGGAGUGGUUGGUCUGAAGAUGCCACGUUACUGUUUGUUUGGUGACACCGUCAACACGUCAUCACGGAUGGAGUCCACCGGGGAAGCGCUGAAGAUCCACGUGUCGGCGGCGACUCGCGAUGUCCUGCAGGAGUUCAACUGCUUCCAGCUGGAGCUGAGAGGAAACAUCGACAUCAAGGGCAAAGGAAAGAUGACCACCUAUUGGCUACUGGGAGAGAGCGACAGCCAAUGACAGGGAGAGGACAAAGAUGACGUCUGAGGAGGUUGUUCGUCUCCUCUCACGUCUCUGAUCAGACUUUAGAACCAGGCUGAAGACUCUGUGCAGAUCUGCAGAACCAGGACAGACCAACAUGUUGGGAUGUUUAUGUUCUGUGGUCCAGGUCUGGACCAGUCCAACGGGACUCGUCCCACAGCAGAACAGGCAGCUAGCCGGCUGAACCUGAACCAGGUUCUUCAUGUUGCUCGUCCAGGUAAGUUUCCUUUUCUGGAAAAGAGGCAGCAAAGAGCUUCAGUUUCCGACAGUUUUACUGGAGAAAAGCUGAAGUAAUGUAGACCAGACUGGAUGAGCAGCGCUUCUGUAAAUACACAAAUGUUUCACUGUUUUAAAAUAAAGAGUCAAAGUUUUCACUGAGCCUCUUGUUGUGAACUCUGAGACCUGCUGACGAACCGAAGCCUGGACCAGACCCUCAGAGACCUGCAGCGUUCACAUUAAAGAUGUCCUUUACUUCCUGUUCACCGCCCAGUGAGCUCUGCUCUGAUUGGCUGGAGGAUGAAUCCAGACUCACAUUCAGAAAAACUAUUUGUCCCCGUGGAAGUAUAAGAUAUUUUUAAGCAACGAUAACAAAGAAUAGAACAAUACAAAGAACAUAGAAGUGACUGAGAGCAGUGCCUCCCUCUCUGGCCUCUGGGCCGACCAGUUCUACUCAGUCCUUCCCGUCCCUCCAGACCAGUCUGUGGUCCAUGUGGACUCACAGGUACUUGUAUUGUCCACUACUUCCACCUCCAGGUCCUGGAUGGUGUCCUCCUCCUCCUCAUGAAGUCGGUCCAUGUUCAGGAGGAACUGGUUUGUCUGGGACCAGGUCUCUGAUCAGAGGAGGCCAAGCUUCCUCUCCUUUUACCAGACGUUAAAUAAAGACACUCUUCUUAACAGUU